GCCCGUGCUCCAGGUAACUCUAUUGCAUUUAUUGCACCCUUUAAUUUAGACUAUCAAGAUAUUUCAAAGUCUCGUUGGUAUGCCACCGAGGCAUCGGGUAGCACGUCUGGAUUACGAUUAAGCUUUGUGCUUCCCCACCAGAGCAUUUACAAAGGCGUAGAAGUUCAACAAGUUAAUAUUGCAGCGACUUCUGGUGAUAUGGGUAUUUUGGCUAGUCAUGUACCUUCAAUCGAACAAUUGAAACCAGGUGUUGUUGAAGUAAUUGAAAAUGCCAAUACUACGAAAAAAUUUUUUGGUGAGACAAAUGAUUAUAAUAUGUAUUUAGUUAGUGGUGGAUUUGCUAUAAUCAAUCCCAACUCCUCGCUUGAUAUUAACGCCGUAGAAGCCUUUCCUUUGGAAGAAUUUUCACCUGAGGCAAUCAGGACAAAUUUAGCGGAGGCACAACGAGCUGUAACAUCCGGAUCUUCAGAAGAAGAAAGGAACAUCGCAAGGGUUGAAGUCGAAGUUCUUGAAAGUUUACAGACUUUAGUUGAGAAGAAGGAAAAGGAAAAAUUCGAUUUGUUACAAAGGAAAGAACGAGAAAAACAGAACCUGAUACGACGAAUAGAAGCUGAAAAGCUAGCUCUCGCAAGGCAAUUGAUUGAAGAGAAAGAAAUGGAAAAACGAGAAAUUAUAGAAACGAAGGAGUCCGAAAAGCGCGAAUUAAUAGAAAAGUUAGUAGAUACUUCUAUACCCUGA